GGGUUGAUCAAAGGGACAUUAUCAACAAUACAACUAGAGUUGUUUACCCCCGUUGGUAGGGGGCGCUUCGCACAUUGUAGCCUCAUUCUAAUAUCACAACCCGAAACCAUGCCGGCGAUUAUAGUGCUAAACCAGAACACAAGAAGAGAAUCCGGCCGGAAGGUCCAGUUGGGCAACAUUAAUGCAGGAAAGGCCAUUGCAGAUGUCAUAAGAACAUGUCUUGGGCCUCGAGCAAUGUUAAAGAUGCUGAUGGACCCGAUGGGUGGGAUCGUUAUGACCAACGAUGGAAAUGCCAUUCUUCGUGAGAUCAAUGUCCAGCACCCAGCCGCCAAGUCUAUGAUUGAAGUGGCCCGGACACAAGAUGAAGAGACAGGAGACGGAACCAAGUCAGUCAUCAUCCUUGCUGGCGAGGUGUUGUCAGUUGCUCAUCCCUUCCUGCAACAACAAAUGCACCCAACUGUGAUUAUAGCUGCAUUCAGGCAGGCCCUCGAGGACAUGUUGGAGAUUCUACAUAACAAAAUCAGUGUACCCGUCGACACAUCAGAUAGAGAACAGAUGCUGAAGAUUGUCAAGAGCUGUCUAGGAACAAAGUUCAUCAGUAAAUGGAUGGACUUGGCCUGUCAAAUAGCCCUGGACGCCACACAGACUGUUGCCUUGGAAGAAAAUGGGCGGAAAGAGAUUGAUAUUAAGAGAUACGCAAAAGUAGAAAAGAUCCCUGGUGGUUUAAUGGAGGAGUCUAAAGUGUUAAAUGGAAUUAUGGUGAACAAAGAUGUUGUCCAUCCAAAAAUGAAAAGGAGAAUAGAAAACCCAAGAAUAGUUCUACUUGACUGCAAUUUAGAAUACAAGAAAGGAGAAAGUGUGACAAACAUUGAAAUAACAAAGGAAGAGGAUUUUGUCAAGAUGCUGCAGCUGGAGGAGGAGUUUGUGAAGAAGGCGUGUGACGAGGUGCUGGCGGUCAAACCUGACCUGGUCAUCACAGAGAAGGGGGUGUCCGAUCUGGCACAGCACUUCUUUGUCAAGGCAGGGGUCAGUGUCAUCCGGAGAGUGAGGAAGACGGACAACAACAGGAUAGCAAGGGCAUGUGGAGCAGUCAUUGCUAACCGAACUGAUGAACUGAAGGAGGAAGAUGUUGGGACAGGCUGUGGCUUGUUCGAGAUACAAAAGAUUGGUGAUGACUACUUCACAUUCUUGACGGAGUGCAAGGAACCAAAGGCCUGCACCAUCCUGCUGCGUGGCGCCAGUAAGGACAUCUUGCAUGAAGUUGAGCGCAAUCUACAGGAUGCCAUGAAUGUAGCCCGGAAUGUCCUCCUAGACCCCACCCUGGCCCCGGGGGGUGGCGCCACGGAAAUGGCGCUCGCACAGGCUCUGAAUGAAAAAGCAAAGAGCAUCACAGGGGUUCACCAGUGGCCAUACCGGGCAAUCUCUCGUGCUCUGGAGGUGACACCAAGGACUCUCAUCCAGAACUGUGGGGCCAAUACCAUCAGAACUAUCACAGCUCUCAGGGCGAAGCAUGCAAAGGGCGACAGUGUGACCUGGGGUAUUGAUGGUGAGACAGGCGCCAUCGUCGACAUGAAGCAGUUCGGUGUGUGGGAACCAGUCACUGUCAAGAUGCAAGUGUUCAAGACAGCAAUUGAGACGGCUGUUCUACUGUUGAGGAUUGACGACAUUGUGUCAGGAGUAAAGAAACAGGGAGGUGAUGCAGCAGCUGCCGCCCAGGCCGCUGCUCCCCAGGCAUCGGAGGGCCCCGAGCCCUGAACCCCACCCUACUCCCACCUUCCAUAACAGCUCCACCUAACCCGGAAUCAACAAGGUUGUCAUCAGUGUCGCGACAUCAACAUUUCUCCACCAGUGUACAACAGCAGCUCUUCAAGAUUUAACAAUGUGAACUACAAGAUUUUCUAGCCUGAAUUCAUCACUAUUUAAUCAAGCAGAAACAUUUAGCAAUAAGGUGGAAAUGUUUAUUUUCCUCUGGUGAAAGACUCAAGAAUCUGAAAUGAGGAGUGUUAACAUGGAUGAAUAAGCUCUACGAACAAUGUCUCCAUCAUAAUAUGCCGUUUCAUAAUUUAUGCCAUCAUCAAUUUUUCAGUCUGUUGCACAGGUCCAUACUGGCUUGUGUCUGUGGCAUUUGAGCAUCCAAAUGCAAUUACCAGUCCAUGCAACAUCGCCUUUGUCCAAUUUCAUUAUCUUUUCAUGUCUGUUAUUUACAGUUUGAUGUCUCAGCAUGCCAAAUGCCAGGAAUACUGGAAUUGUACUGUAUGAAAUUUCCUACUCUGUUCUUGACUGUAUCCACCUGCAAUAUGCUGGCUAUGGGGAAAUGUAAUGAGCAAUCUGAAGUGGGUUGUAAUAAUGUAUUUAUCUUGAUCACCAGUUGUCACUAGAGAAAAGUUCUACCUUCCCGUGGUUGCCAUGGCGUCACUUACCGCCAGGUUUCCAUGUCAACCACUGGAUGAAGUGUGCUGUAUUGUUUAUUUCUUGCUUUCAUCAUGUCAAGUGCUAUUCUAUUGGUUAUUAUUGCCCGGGUCUCAGCGGAAACAUUGUCUCGGGCUGUACUUGUUUUUGUAUACAAAGCGAAAAACAAUGGAAUAAACCAAAAAUGUUCUAUCA